AUGUAUUGUAAUAAAAAGUCGGGAAGUGAAGAUGUUGAGCGAUUAUUUGAGGUGUUGCAACUGUACGAGCAACAAAUAUUGAAUCUAACGGCAUCUAUCGAGAGUCAGAAUGAAGAGAAUGCCAGGAUAGAAACGAGUCUCGUGGAUCUGGUCCACAAAAAAAUUGGUGGCGGUUCCCCUUCUCCUCCAGUGCUGGAAAAUAGUGUUACGAGUACAAGGGAUGGGGAGUUUUCCUUAAAAAUUGGUAAAGUUCAGGAGGAAAUUGAAGCGACGCGCCAAUCGCUGCAGAAGGCACAGAAAAACGAAGAGCUGGCGGGAACUGCAUUGACCCGUAUUGCAAACUUUAUCAUGCACAAUGAUGAAAAGUAUAAGCAUUAUCUUGAUGGCUUGAGGGAACUCAUACAGUGCUUUCAGAAUGUUUGGAGCAUGAGCGAGGAACACAAUACCAAGUUAAAGGUGAAACUCAAAAUGAACCCGGGUGAAAAUCCUCUUAAUGCAAGUACGUGGUCGUUUGGGGAAGCACGACCCCAACGCUUCUUGCCUGAGGAGAAGCUGGCACCAUACUAUGUUGAAGUGACUAGAACAGUAGCUCCUUUGCUGAAUUGCAUGACGGCAAUUCUCGAUUCUCUUAAAAUGAAGAGUAAACUUUGUUUGAUCAAUCGAAAAUGUCUAGAGGAAGGUCAUCAGAGAGUAAAGUCUCAGCUCUUUACGCAGAGAGAUGUAUUAAAGGAUGUUCGUCACACUGUUAACAACAUGGAAGCAGCCAUAUUGAGCCUGCAACUGGCAAACAAUGCCCAGAAAGGUAUACGAGAGAAGCUGCAACAGGAUCUGGUAGAAUUAGAUAGCUCCCUGAGUCUCAAUGAAAGUAUAGUUUCAACAAAGGAGACAAUAUUGCGCUUGUCUAUGGAAAUAGAGGUGUUACAGCAAGUUCUAGAAGACACAUCAACGUCAACCCAGGCAGCCCAAUCCGUGGAGAGAGAAACGGUUGAUGCUGCAAACUCUCAAACACUUGAGUUUGAGCAUGCCACUAAUGCGGUUGAGCGUGUAAGACGUGCGGUCGCAGCACUGGAAAAGGAGAAAGUUGAACUUCAAGCUCAAAUAGAGGCCAGUCGUGACAACACGCAGCAACAGCUUCAGGAGACAGAGGACGAAGUACAGAAAGUGAAGGAUUUGUAUGAAGAGGAGCAUGAAAUUAAAGAAGCUCAAAAGCUAUUGGAGACGGAAACGGAGUCCCUCGCGAUGUCCCUGGAUGAAGCAAGGAAACGCGUGACUGUACUGCAGGCCCAACUUGAGUCUAAGGCAAGCCGGAAGGCGAUGCUCCAGGACGAGAAACUGGCUACGGAGGAAAGUGUGAACAAAGCGCAAAACGAGUGUGUGUGUGCUUGCAAUAAUAUUAUUGCAAUACGUAGACGGACGUCUUUGUUACGGCAAGAAGAAGAAAAGGCGUUAAGGGACUUAGAGUACAUCACCUCACUUAGGUCGCAAACACUUCAUUCGACGUUGCCAAGAGCAUUUACGUGUCAAUUAGAGGCAGGUGGCCACCGAGCAGAAGAGAACCUUCAUCAAGUGGUGGCGUUGCGAGAUAGGAGUCUAUUUACGAAGGCUCGAUGGGAACACCGCUACAAUGUUGUGGCAACGAGUCCCCCUUGCAUCUGCAGUGAUACUCUUAACUCGGUGGAUGAGGCCGGAGCGAAUAGGAGUGCCGUGCAACGCUCAGCCUCUUCCACUAAAACACAACGAUCAUUACACUCUACAGGUGUCUUGCCCCCCGUUGCUCCCACACCGUCAUCGAAGCACUCAUUGGAUGAUCACUUCUCCCCAUGUACGGCGGAACGGGAAUCGAGAGAAGGAGCUAUGCUUAUCUCCACCGAAGAACCACCUAGCGGAAUGACAAGUCAGAUUGUGAUUGGCGACAAGAGCUAUUCGGUUACCCAUCCCCGCAGCUCUCCUACUAGUCCACCUAUUGCAAGCUUACGGGGGAGUUCCUCAGAAACAAGAUGCCCCGCAACAUUGCCAACCGACAAGACUGCAAUAACGCCUUUGCAAGAGUCACCGAGUAGUCUGAAUGGAAAGGGGAAAACAGAGGUCAGUCCAGUGAUUGAACGUAUCAAUCUUCGUUUGCAGGAAAUUCUGAACCGAACGUACUGA